GUUUCCCGCAUUUGCUCCUCAACGUACGUGUGUGCACCCUGGUUUACGAUAUACUAACGAACUUUUAUAGCGGCUGAAUAUACACUCAACAAAAUGAUUAUGCAGAUACUGCCUUCCUUGACGAGUUUGGUCGAGUUGAAGAUAUCACUGGCCACCCGAACUACAGACGUCGUGAAUUGGAAGACAGAUGGCACCCCGCGACCAAAGACGCUCGCUGACCUCUUCCAUGGGAAAAUCAUCGAUUUACCGGCUCUCCGAUUGUUCUCACUGAAAGAAAUGUCCUAUCAUAUUCACAUUGAUCGCUUUUUGGAACGCCAUCCACUGCUUCAGUCAUUGCAUGUAGAAUGUGGUGGUUUUGAUCAUUUGCCUCUCCCAGAUUGGCGAUCAGUGCGUACGUUACCGAGCUUAACUCACUUCAAGGGAUCACUUGCGAACGUCAACUAUUUGUUGGCGCACUGUCAAACAUCGAUCAACUCACUAACAAUCGUCGGCGGCCCAGGAAGUCGUCACGCCUUUGAUACCUUCUCAACUCUUAUUGAAGCAAAUCCGAAUAUACGGAAGAUGGAACUGCAAGAGAACGGAGGUUACAUUGGACACGUUAUGUCGCAAUAUCUGACCACUUGCACGAACGUUGAAACGCUGGCAGUAGACUUUAGGUGCUCCGUCACAGUCGUCGGUCUGUGGGUCGAUUGCGUACUGGAGUGCCUUAAAUUGCCCAACGUACAUAAACUGGUUAUACGCAUUCCAAGGCAAGACGAAGGUAUUCAGUCGAAGGUUUUUGAGGGCGCACUGGGCGAUGUUAUUCUUCAUCACAAGCUCAACGGAACGCUUUGUAACUUUGACUUGGACAUAGUUAGCCAUUCCUCGAAAAAGAUAAUAUGCGGCGCAAUUUUUUAAAUCCUUUCCUUGUCGAAGUCAAUACUCUUCUUACUUGGUACUCAUGUAAUUCUUUUCGCUAAACAAAAACAUGUGUCAAGCAA